AUGGACCUUCCCAAAGCCAAAGGUAACCCUAGUAAAGGAGUAAAUCGCCCCCUCUUCUCUCUUCUAUCCUGUUCGUCGCGUAUAAGAAAAGAAGUAGGUAGCCCAAUGGAUGAUCUCUCCAUGGCCAUGAAAAAACUCAAUCACGAUCAUGGUUUAUCGAUCUGCCUCUCAGAUGAUUUUGUCUUUGAUCAUAUACUCACAAGGCUUCCUGUGAAAUCUCUCUUCCAAUUCCGGUGUGUUUCCAAAUCAUGGUGUUACUUUUUAACUCACAUUAACCCUUCUUUCAUUGAUCUCCACCUUUCACGUUCCCAUUCCCGGCUCGCUGGCAACGCCACCCUCCUAUUCCCCGCCCACGACAAGAAGUCGAGGCACGAUUAUUUAUUCUUAGCAGGUCUUGAUGGAGGUGGAAAGGUCACUCAACUCUCUUCGCUGCCUGUUGAAGAUGAGUAUUUCGGCCUCUCUGAAAACAUCAAUGGCUUGGUCUGCUGGCACCAUCUUAGUGACACUGAGAAAAUCAAGUGUGCGUAUAUUUGCAAUCCUAGCACUCAUGAACUGGUGAAAUUACCCAUAAUUCCUCUAAAUGACAUGAGAUAUGAGAAGUAUUUUUCUUUUACUUUUGAUUUUGGGUUUGAUCCAUCAUCAGAGGAAUUCAAAGUUAUCCGACUACCUUAUUCUAGUCACGGAGCCUUCCACAUUUUCACUCUAGGUGGUAAUUCAUGGCGACAAAUUGAACCUGCACUGCCUUCUUCUUUUAGGGAACAUAAGUGGGAAAACUGUGUGCUUCAAUGGUGCAUUGCAUUGGGUGUUGAAGGAAGAGAAGAUUAUUCUGGUUUUCGAUUUGAAAGAGGAGAAGUUUCGUGUUCUUCAGCUCCCGUAUUUCACAUGACUGCCAUUAACACUAUAGUCGUUGUUAUUCACCACAACAAUCACUAUUUUUUAGCACCACCAUUGUUGUCAAUCACCUCUCAUCCUACAAUAAUUGGUGCUUAA